AUGUCGAAAGCAGCAUCAGUAAUUUUAUUAUUUUUGGUGAUAAUUUACUUCAAGGAAGGUUCAAGUGAAAAUAUAAUAAUUCAUUCGGAUGGAAGCUUGACAUUCAAUGGCAUACAGUACAUUCCAAUUGAACCAGUCAUUCAAGAGUCAAGAUCUAUUGACAUCCCAGUAUCAGGAGAUAUACGUUGCCAGUGCAAUGACGAUGAAUGCAGCAAUUGUGACUACUGA